AGCCUUAGUUUCAUUCCUCUAAAAUGCCAAUAAGCAGCACCGACUCAGAGGCCACCACAUCGCAAACGGUGCCAAUGCCAUCCACCAUGGAUGAGGACUUGGAGAACAACAUGGAGCUUUGCAAUCCAAAGACACCACAAAACAUGUCACGUUCGUUGGUGAGAAAGCAGUCAGAGCUUGUUCUGAUCACAAAUAAAAUUCGGUUCCAAAUGCUGCUUAGAAAUUUCAUGACCAACUUGCAAAAGGUCCUCUUUGGCACUAAGCUUGUUGUGCUUUUUCCGGCAGUCCCUUUAGCUGUUGCGGCAAAUUUUUAUAGCUUUGGAAGGCCUUGGAUUUUUGCUUUCAGCUUGAUUGGACUUGCUCCGCUAGCUGAACGUGUCAGCUUCCUCACUGAGCAAAUUGCAUAUUACACUGGCCCAACAGUUGGAGGACUUCUGAAUGCAACUUGUGGUAAUGCAACCGAGAUGAUCAUAGCAAUAUUAGCACUUCACAAAAACAAAGUUCAUGUUGUGAAGUUCUCACUGCUGGGUUCCAUACUCUCAAACCUUCUCUUAGUUCUUGGCAGUUCACUCCUCUGUGGUGGCUUGGCCAACCUUAAGAAGGAGCAAAGAUAUGACAGAAAACAGGCUGAUGUAAACUCACUGCUUUUAUUGCUGGGGUUGCUAUGCCAUUUGUUGCCAUUACUGUUCAAAUAUGCCUUAGCAGGGGGCAAUUAUUCUAUAGCAACCUCUACUCUUCAAUUGUCAAGAGCAAGCAGCAUUGUUAUGCUUCUAGCAUAUGUUGCAUAUAUCUUCUUCCAAUUAAAAACUCAUCGAAAAAUAUUUGAUGCACAAGAGGAAGAUGAAGAUGAAGAGAAGGCCGUGAUAGGGUUUGGGAGUGCAUUUAGCUGGUUGGUGGGUAUGACAUUGCUCAUAUCUGUGCUUUCUGAAUAUGUUGUGGGAACAAUUGAGGCUGCUUCAGAUUCUUGGGGCAUUUCUGUUAGCUUCAUUAGCAUAAUUUUGCUACCAAUUGUUGGGAACGCCGCAGAACAUGCCGGUUCGAUCAUAUUUGCUUUUAAGAACAAGUUGGACAUAUCUUUGGGUGUUGCUAUGGGAUCUGCAACUCAAAUUUCUAUGUUUGUGGUUCCAUUAAGUGUGGUUGUUGCAUGGGUAAUGGGUAUACGAAUGGAUCUGGAUUUCAAUCUUCUUGAAACUGGGUGUCUCGCUUUUACAAUUAUCGUUACAGCAUUCACUUUGCAGGAUGGAACUUCACACUACAUGAAAGGAGUGGUUCUUUUUCUCUGUUACCUUGUCAUUGCUGCAUGUUUUUUUGUUCUCAAAACUCCACUGAUGAUCAACGAAUAUCCUAUGGUCAAUUUCGGAGCUAAACCAUCCUUUGAUGCCAUUACCACUUGAGUGGCUUUGUUUCCUUCCCCCAUGCUAAGAAAAGCAAUGCUACACUAUGGAUAACGGAAAUUCCUCCCUUGGAUUACAGAGUUCGCCGGUUGCUGUUCAUGGUGAAACUUGUGUGCCAGGCUUUGGCUCCAUCAUAAACUAUUAAAAGUAGAGAUCUCGAUGCAUUGCAUAAUUCUUUCUACCUAAUAAAAGCUUAACAAUGACAUAUUGGUUUUAAAAUUGCGCCUCUGUUUUUCAUUUGUUUUACUUCACCACAUUCCCUCCUUACUUUCUAUCGAUAUCAUUUUCCAUGUGCACAUUUUCAUGUACC